AUGGGUGCUAAGGAUAAGCUGCUUGUGGCGAUUGAAGAAAGACCUUCUCCAACGGUUUCUUUGGAUAAACCGUCUGUGGAGUGGGUGGAAGAGCUGAAGGAUGAGGAAACUGGGGUGGUUGAUAUUGACCAGUACUCAGAUAUUGACGAGAAGAAGUUGCUUUGGAAAAUCGAUUUACAUCUUAUUCCGCUUUUCACGGUGUUGUACUUGCUUAGUUUCUUGGAUAGAGGUAACAUUGGAAACGCCAAAAUCGAAGGUCUUGCUGAGGACUUGAACCUCGAGGGAAACCAAUACAAUUUGUUGUACAUUCCAACCACCAUGGUCUUGUGGUCUAUCGUGAUGACGUUGAUGGGUACAGUGCAAAACUUUGACCAGCUCAUGGCAACAAGAGCUCUUUUGGGAUUGUUUGAAGCUUCGCUUUUCCCAGGUAUUUCUUACAUUUUGUCGAUGUACUAUAAGAAAUCGGAGAUUCUCGUGAGAGAAGCCAUUUUCUUUAGUGCUGCUUCCAUUGCCGGUGCUUUCUCGGGUCUUUUGGCUGCUGCUAUUUCCCAGAUGGACGGUAUUGGUGGUUAUGAAGGCUGGAGAUGGAUUUUCAUCUUGGAAGGUUUGCUUACGUUUGUGGCUGCUGCUGGUUCCUACUUCUGUUUCCCCUUAUACCCUAAGGAUAGUACUUUCCUUACUCCUCGUGAACGUGAGUUUGUGGUGAACAGAGUGAAGUUUUCCUCCAACGCUGAAAACCAAAAGAUGACUGGCGCUGGCGCUCCUCCAUCCAUGAACUUGGGUGAGGAUAACUCUGGCAACAUCUCUAAUGUCUGGGCAGUGUUCAAGGACUGGCAAUCUUGGUGUCAGCUUAUGACCUACUACGGUAUUUGCGUACCUCUUUACGGUGUUUCGCUUUUCACCCCCACCAUUGUGAAGAACUUGGGUUACACUUCUACCAAGGCACAGUUGAUGUCGGCUCCAGUUUACAUUGUUGCAGCCAUCUUCUGUAUCUUCCAAGCAUGGGUAUCUGAUAGAGUCGGUCUUAGAACGCCAUUCAUGAUAUUCAAUCUUAUCUGUAUUGCUGUCGGGUACAGUAUAUGUUUGGCGCUAUCUCCUACUACACUGCCUGGAGCAGUGUAUGCUGGAGUAUACAUUAUGGCUCUUGGAAUCUACUCAGCGUUCCCACUUGUGGUUAUUUGGUUCUCGAACAACUUGGCUGGUUCUUACAAGCGUGCCGUUGGUAUGGCGUUCCAGAUUGGUAUUGGUAACUUUGCUGGUGCCUUUUCAUCCAACUUCUACAGAGAACAAGAUGCACCAGAGUAUACGCUUGGGCAUGCGUUAGAGCUUGGAUUCUCCCUCAUGGGUCUCCUCUUCACCUUCAUCACCAUCGCUGGGUAUGUUGCCAGUAACAGAAAGAAGAAGAGAAACCUUGCUGCUGGUAAGUAUGACGGUAUUCCACCAGAAGAGCUCGUCAAGAUGGGCGACAAGAGUCCGCAUUUCGUCUACCGUUUGUAG